CAGCCUUCGGUCCUUCGUUUUCUCUCUCUCUUCGAACCAUGGAAGCAUUUGCACCCACUAAGCCCUAGCCCCUUCACCGAACAGCUUGGUCUUCGUCUGCACUAUAGGUGUUCAUCGUCUUCGCCUGUCUUCUGCUUGCUGUCGUUCUCGUCUGCCCUUUACUCUCGUCGUCGCCUUCGUCUGGUCGUCGAAGUUGUGUUUGUGCUGAUUCAUCUGGUGAUUCUGCUCGCCGCCUCAGAUCGAAGGGUAUACAACAAGACGAGGAGAUUCGCAAAAUUCAAAAAGAAAGUAAAGCUAGGUUCUGAGCCUCAGCAUAAUUCGAAUCCAGCUUCAGGGUUUCUUCCAGAUGACGUAAUGAAAAUGCUUGCAGCUCGUGAGAAACAAGUUUUCUUGCCUUACUCUGAAGGGGAGGAGGAGAAGGCUAAAACAAAGCCUGCCGCUUCAAAGAAGAGGAAAUCAAAGAAGUCAGGUUUGGAAGCUGUUAUUUUGAGCGAACUAGGCCGUCCUCAAUGUUUACAGGGUGCCUUAGAAUUCUUGAAGAAAAGAAAAAUGUCAGUCCAGAGAUCGUCCUCUGCCUUGAAUAAUUCCAACAGAGCAUUUCGGUUCCUUUCUAAGUCUGGUGUGAUACUACAGAAGUGAUCCUUUUUUCUUCUUUUCUUUUGCCAAUAGGUGCUAGCGUUUUUUUUUUGUUUACCUAGACGGUAUCCCCCAACCCGACAGGUUAAGGAUUAAUCCGUCGCAGAUCUGAGCUCCAUUUAAGGGUCUGUUGCUGGUCAAUGAGUUGCUGCAUGCACAAGACGUGGUUCGAACUCCCGACACUUGCUUAAGCGAACGAGUGAUCUGACCACUCGUGGUUAGGUGCUAGCAUUUCAUUUGUAUCUUUGAUAUGAUUGAUUGUUUUUGUACUGGGAGACUUGUCCUAACAUAUAGGAUAUCCAAGAUAUAUUUAGUUAUAGUUAUUUAUCCAGAGUGCUUUUUGCUCUACGGAAAAGGCUUCCUGAGCUACAUUGAGAUGGAAUUAAGGGAUAACUAUGAAAGAAUUUCCCUUUUAGAACAAAGCCCAAAGAUAUUUGAAUGCAAAAUAACAAAAUACAACUUAAGUUCUGCUAAUGAACAUCUAGUGCUACAAUUUUGAUACUUGACGCAAAUGCAACCUUAGCAUUAGCAGCCCACAUUAAUCAAUAAUUCACUAUUCCUAUGUCUCAUAUACACUUGGUCGGUAGGUUAAGGUCAAGGUGAGGAGAAAGUUUCUUAUAUUGUCAUGUAUUGCUUAUUUUUCCAGAAGAUAGCAGUUUUGUAAAGAAAUAAUGGAAAGCAUGAUCAAAUCUGAUAUUGUUGGAGCUGGAGCUACCAAAUGGGGAUAAAAUAAAAGUUAAAUGGAGCAAGAAAGAAGAUGAUACUUCCGAUUCCAGACGAAUAUCAUUAAAAUGACCUCUGAAUACUAAAUUGUCCAAUGUAAAAAUGACAAUAUA